AUGGCUCUUCCAAAAACUCUGGACGCUAUAUUGGUGGUUGGUGCUUCGGGCGCGGUUGGCAAGGGCCUCUGCCAAGCGUUGAUCUCGAGGAAAUCCGACUUCAAACGCAUUGCCUUCUUCAAUGACACAUCCAGGCCCGAGACAGAAGAGAAGCGGACAAUCUUCGCCACUUUCCGCGAUGGUGGGUUGGAACAAGUCUCUGGCACAUACACAGAUACCGCAGCAUUUACUGGAUUCGACUGUGUCUUGAUGACUUUGGGCAACCACGCCAUAAAAUACCAGCCUACCAUCAUUGACACUGCGAUCAAGGCUGGGGUACGACACUUUUAUACCAGCGAAUGGGGCGCGGAUCUGACUGCAGGAUCAAACUGGACUCAACGAUACUACCGAGACAAGGUUCUCACCAGAGAGCAUCUGGCGAAGCGUGGUCGUAAUGCAGAUACACCAGAUCUCGGCUGGACAUACAUCAACCUUGGACGUCUUACAGAAUGGAGCAUCAUCAAGCAUUUCGGAAUCGACAAUGCAAACCAUACUGCCAGAAUCUUUGGAACGCCCGAAGGAAGACAGUCGUUGCUUUCGACUGCGGACGCCAUCGCAUACACCAUCGAAACUCUCCGACAUCCAUUUUCAGUUGCUGACAAUGGCCAUCGACGCACCUACCGUUUCCACGGUGGUUCGCCUACCUGGAAAGAAAUAUUCGACGACCUGGAGGCGAUCACUGGCCACAAAUACUCAAUCACCUACCUUGACGUUGAAACGGCCGUGGAGAAAGAGGCUCGGGCAAAAGAACUCGGCGAUGUCGACUUGGAAUUGGAAGCCAGCCAUCAGUUGAUUCAAGGCAGAGGCGGGACUCUGUUGCCAGAGCCGUUUGACAAUGAUCUUUUCCCGAACAUCCACCCAGAGCCGGUUCACUCUGUCUUUGAGAGAAGCUUCAAGGAUGCAAAUCUAAGAAAGUUUCUGGGUCUUCCGUAG